AUGGGCCACGACAGGAUGGUGAUGGGCCACAACGGGAUGGCGAUGGGCCACGACAGGAUGGCGAUGGGCCACGACAGGAUGACGAUGGGGCACCACGGUGAGGGCAAGGGGCGCCCCAAAGCCGGGGGCAAAGCGGGUGCCGAGGGCGGCCCUCGCCCGCCGCCGCGGGCUCGGCUCUCGCCCCGCAAAGGCAAAAGCAAGACCCUGGAUAACAGCGAUUUGCACCCGGGACCGGGGGGUUUGGCGCCGGCGCCCGUUCCCCCCGGCAGCGAAACGGGGUUGAAACGGGGGCGCGAGGGCGGCCGAGCGUCCACCCGCGACCGCAAGAUGCUCAAGUUCAUCAGCGGGAUCUUCGCCAAGAGCCCGGCGGCCACCCCCACCCACCCCGCGCCCCCCUGGGCCCUGCUCAGCACCGACCUGGGCAGGGGCGCCUCCCCCAAGGCCUUGGUGAACAGCCAGGAAUGGACCCUGGGCCGCUCCAUCCCCGAGAUCCGCCUGGGCGUCCUGGGCAGCAGCAAGAGUGGGAAGUCAGCGCUCGUCCACCGCUUCCUCACUGGCUCCUACGUGGGCCUGGAGCCCACCGAGAGUGGCCAGUUCAAGCGCGAGGUGAUGGUCGAUGGCCAGAGCCACCUCCUGCUCAUCCGGGAGGAAGGAGGCGCCCCGGAUGCCAAGACGCGCCGGGGCAGCGACUCGGAGAAGCGGAGCCUGGACAGCCGGGGCGAGGUGGCGGGCAGCGGCCGCGCCAUCCCCAUCAAGCAGGUCGCCGGCGCCUCGCCCGUGGGGCUUAGCCUCCCCCCAGAGCCGGGGAUGAAGGGCGCGGGCAAGGCUGAGAGGUCCCUGCAGCGCUGCGCCUCCGCUUCCAGUGCCAAGCUGUCCGGCUCUGCCCGGUGGUCCCUGGUGAGCCUGGUGGUCCCUGGUGAGCCUGGGGACCUGGUGGCCCUGGUGAUCCUGGAGGCCACAAUGAACCUGGUGGCCCUGGUGAGCCCAGUGGCCCCAGUGACCCUGGUGGAUUUGGUGACCUUGGUGGCUCCAAUGGUCCCGGUGACCCUCAUCACCCUGGGGAGCCAAGUGGCUCUUGUGACCCUGGUGGCCCCAGUGACCCUGUGGCCCUUGAGAGCCCGGGCCCUGCUGAGUCCAGUGGCUCUGGUGGACUUGGUCACCCUGGUGGCCCCAGUGGUCCUGGUGAACCCAGUGGUGCUGGUGGACUUGGUGACCCUGGUAUCCCUGAUGACCCUGGUAUCCCUGAUGACCCCAGUGAGCCCAGUGGCCCUGGUGAUCUUGGUGACCCUGGUGGCUCCAAUGGCCCUGGUGAGGCUACUGGUCCUUGUGACCCUGGUGGCCUCAGUCAUCCUAAUGAGCGCAGUGGCCCUGGCUAGCUUGGUGGCCCCCAGCACCCCAGCGUGCGGGUCUCUCGCAGACGGCCCCCCUGCCUUCGAGGCCAUCUCCAGCCCCAGCAGCUCGGGCAAAGACCCGCCGCCAUCGCCCAUGAUCGACAGGAAGAAGCACCGACGGAAGAAGCUGAUGACGCCGUCCAAGACGGAGGGCUCGGCCGGGCAGGCGGAAGAGGAGGAGAACUUCGAGUUCAUCAUCGUGUCCAGCACGGGCCAGACGUGGCACUUCGAGGCGAGCAGCUUCGAGGAGCGCGACGCCUGGGUGCAGGCCAUCGAGAGCCAGAUCCUGGCCAGCCUGCAGUGCUGCGAGAGCAGCAAGAACAAGGCUCGCAUGGACAGCCAGAGCGAAGCCGUGGCCAUCCAGGCCAUCCGCAACGCCCGGGGCAACUCGCUCUGCGUGGACUGCGGGGCGCCCAACCCCACCUGGGCCAGCCUGAACCUGGGGGCCUUGAUCUGCAUCGAGUGCUCGGGGAUCCACCGCAACCUGGGCACCCACCUGUCCCGCGUGCGCUCCCUCGACCUGGACGAUUGGCCCCGGGAGCUCACGCUGGUGCUGACGUCCAUCGGCAACGCCACCGCCAACAGCAUCUGGGAGAAGAACCCGCAGGGCCGCUGUAAACCCACCCACGAGUCGUCCCGGGAGGAGCGGGAGUCGUGGAUCCGGGCCAAGUACGAGCAGCGGCUCUUCCUGGCGCCGCGGCCGGCGGCCGAGGCGCCGCUGGGGGAGCAGCUCUUCCACGCGGUGCAGGAGAAGGACCUGGAGAUGGUGCUGCUGCUCCUGGCCCACAGCAAGAAGGAGCAGCUCAACGUCAGCACUGGUGACAAGGACCGGCGCACAGCGCUGCACGUGGCCUGCGACAUGGCCCUCGUGGUCAUCACCCAGCUGCUGGUGUGGAGCAGCUGUGCCAGCGUGGGUCCCUGCGAGCCCCGGACCGCCCUGGUAUAG